AUGAAAGAUCUUGGAGACCGCUCUCGAAGUAUUUUAGGAUUGUCACAAAGGAGCCAUAUUAAUACAGUUCUAGUUAGAUUCUUCAUAAAAGAUAGAAAACCAGGAGACACACUUGUUGCUAAAGGAGAUAAGUUUAGUCUGAAACAAUGCCCCACUAUGGAUCUCGAAAAAGAAGGUAUGCAUAAGGUUCCAUAUGUUUCAGCUGUGGGGAGUCUUAUGUAUGCUCAAUUUUUCACACAUUCCAACUUAGCAUUCAUUGUAGGAGUUCUUGGCAUAUAUCUAGCAAACCUUGGUAAGCAGCACUAG